AUGCUCGUGGUUCUGUGGACGAUGCUAACAGCAGGCGUGAUGCGGCGUCUCUGGAUAUAUCGUAACAAGGUCAAAUACGAAGGUACUGCUGGUCCCUAUGUCCCUGUCAUGCUAGAGCUCGUCCUCCUGCAGUGGACUAUGCAAGUCCGUCGGCAUCUACAGCUUCCAACGACGCUGGACGACGAGCGAACCCAAAUCCAGACCGUCCUGCGCCAUUUUGGUCAACAUCCCAGCUACCACGGUUUCUGGUCGAAAUAUCCCCUGCACUUUUCGGUCAAUCCGCUAGUUCGGCGGUUACCGCUCAGGUGA